CCUUGGUUUCACCAGGCUCCUCCCUCCGCUCUGGGGACCCGCAUAUAGCAGGGAGAGCUCAGCAGCACCCACGUUACUGCCAGAGAGCUGAGAUGCUGCGAAGCACCGGGAUGAUGAAGGCCUUCAUCCUCUUCCUCUGGGUGGGAAUGGCCUUGGGCUCCCUGUACACGGACCCCGACUCCUGCAGGGGACGUUGCGAGGAACCCUACAGCCACGAGGAUGAGUGCCACUGCGACGCCGACUGCUGGAGCCGCAACAGCUGCUGCUGGGAUUACCUGGAGCACUGCGGGGAGGGUGAGGAAGCGGUGCACAGACGUGCUGAAGAGCACUUCUCCAGCAGCCACGAUGCCAUCAGCGAUGAGGAGCUGCUCCACGUCUCCGAGCAGCUCUAUGGGGCGGAUCACAACAAGGCUCAACCCAAAGACAUCACCAUCAACCCACAGCACCAGGUUGACCCCGACCAAACGGGGCUCCAGGAGGAUCACUCCCCCGAGCCGCUCUACGCAUACGUCAACGAGAAGCUCUUCUCCAAACCCACCUAUGCCAGCUUCAUCCGUUUGCUGGACAACUACCAGAGGGCGACGGGUCGUGAGGAGGAGGUGACGGCCGAGGAGCUGCAGGAGCAGAACGUCUUCCUCCGGGAGGUGAUGAAGACAGAGCUCAUGAAGAAACUUUUUGCUUUCCUCCAUCAAAAAAAUCGUUACGGCUCCGAGGAGGAAUUCCUGCAGGAUCUGAAGGAGAUGUGGUUUGGGCUCUACUCCCGAGGUGAUGGAGAGAAGGACUCCAGCGGCUUCGAGCACGUCUUCUCAGGGGAGAUUAAGAAAGGGAAAGUGAGUGGAUUUCACAACUGGAUCCGCUUCUACCUCCUGGAAAAGCAGGGACUGGUCAACUACUUCAGCCACAACUUUGAUGGGCCGUGGGACACCUACCCUGAUGUACUGGGGCUGCAGUUCAGCUGGGACGGCUUCUACAAGGAGGUGGGCUCUGCCUUCAUCGGCUGCAGCCCCGAGUUUGAAUUUGGCAUCUACACAUUGUGCUUCAUUGCCCGACCUGGGAGGGCAUGUCACCUGAGCUUGGGUGGCCACAGCGUCAGCAUCCAGACCUACACCUGGACCAAGUCCACCUACGGCCAUGGCAAGAAAUACAUCGCCACUGCCUAUGUCAUCUCACCCUGAGCCCAUCCACGUCCCGGCCAGGAGGAACGGGGCGUCUGCAGCCCCUCUGCUCCGGGGCCAUGGGCAGCCCCACAGCACGGCCCCCUAUAUGGGGCAGGAGUGAUCCUGCCCUAGGAGACGGAUGGCCACGGGACCUGUGUGGAGCAGGACAGCCCAUAUGGAGGC